AUGUCGUAUGAUGCCGAUUUCAAUACCACCGUGGAAAGUGCCACUGUUGUGCCCACCCUCAACCAAGUCUGGUUAACUGCCUUCCUCAAUCCAGUACCCGGCUAUCUUUCUAUACUCGACCUCAACAACUCCCGAGUUUUUCGACCGACCUUGACUGGCCCUGCUGCUCAUCUACUCGUUAAUCCUAAUGGCGGUUAUUAUCAUAGUGGGUUGGUCUACCUUAGUUCUUUUGGCGACCCGAAAACUUCUCCGACCAUUGUAACCAUCGACCCUUUUACUUACGGGACCAUCGAGACUGUUAACUCCUUCUAUGGCCUUCCACUCAAUGGGUCCAACGAUAUAGCCGUCGCAACCUCGAGGACCACUGCCCAACCUUCUUUGUUCUACUCCGACUUCUAUUUCGCUGCUGAAGGACUCCCAGGUGUUUGGUCGGCACCUCAGCAAUUACCUAAUGCAGUAUAUCGUUUCCAACCCACCGAACAGAGUUUGGCUAUGGUCAUCUCUCCUCUUGAUGUCCAAACAGCCAACGGCUUGGCUGUGGACAAGAACAAUACGGUCCUCUACGUCACUGAAGGUCCUGAUUCCGCCGUCUUCGGUCAGUCUACAACAAAUCGUCUGGCUCCGCAGGUAUCUACAAGUUCGAUCUCGGAGGUGGAGAUGAAUGUACACCUGUGA